CGUCAACCAAAAGUUCAAGGUAUAAUGUGAAGCCGUAAAAAUUUGGUCCUAAUACACUUCUGAUGGUUUCGCAAAGCAGUGCUUUAUUAGUGGCCGUGUCGAGUGUUGCUCUUGGCAGUUUUAUAGGAUGUUCGUGACAGUAUUUUUGACGCUCGGCUUGGCAGUGUCGUUGUGGCUGCGCUGGCGACACCAACACAGAGGACUUCUCAAGGCAGCUCAGCAGUUUCCUGGUCCGAAGACGCUACCAGGCCUAGGGAAUGCUAUGAUGUUUAUGUGCAAGCCUGAAGAAAUGGUCAAACAAAUUAAGAACUUAUUCGUAAACUACGGGGACAUCGUGAGAUUCUGGCUGGGGCCCGAUCUUAAUAUUGUCGUAGCCUGCCCUGAUGAACUCAAGGUUCUCCUGACUAACUCUAAAAUGAGUGUUAAAGGGCCGCAGUAUAAGUACAUGGCCGACCUGAUCGGUAGAGGACUUUUAAGUGGUUCAGGCCCUGAGUGGAGUAAGCACCGUAAAAUCGCGAAGCCCAACUUCGGCAAGCGCGCCAUCGAGAGCUACACACCUGUAUUCAACGACGAGGUCAGCUUACUGUUGGAGGAACUGAGGAGAAAGCCUCAUGACCAGCAGUUCAAUAUAUACAGGGACAUUGUCAAUACCACCAGCUACUCAGUUUGCCGUACCCUCAUGGGUUUAACUAAGGAACAAACUAUGAACAUACCUGGCUUACAAGAAAUUAUUGAAGAAAGUCCAAGCAACUACAAAGUAAUUUUUGAUAGAAUGACGAAAUGGUACCUUCAGAUAGAUCCGGUGUUUUGGCUGACGAGUCAAUACCGCUUACAAAAACGAUUUAGUAAACUCAUAACUAUCUUCGGCAAAGAUAUCGUGAAACACAGAAGGGAACACCUCAAAAAUAUCACGGAGGACUUCAAAUUGGAACAUAUGGAGAUGGAAGAGGAUGGCAUGCUUAGUGUCGUAGAUAGAUUUAUAUUAUCCGGUGAGCUGGAUCAACCGACAAUGGAAAAAGAGAUAUUUACUGUAUUCACAGCAAGUCAAGAAUCAACAGCGAAGACCGCAUCGUAUUUACUUCUAAUGAUGGCGUACCAUCCAGAUUGUCAGGAGAAAUUAUACAAUGAAAUAAAAAGUAUUUUGGGUGAUUCUGACCGUGACGUCACCGAUGAUGACUUGAAGAGGAUGCCUUACAUGGAGAUGGUUUUGAAGGAGGUAGCGCGGCUGUUUCCGAUCGGCGCCAUAUUGCAGAGGACGGUGGCAGAAGAUAUUGCUAUACGAUCAGGGUACCUUCCAGCUGGCAGCUCGAUGAGCUUCUCCGUAUUCCACUUACACCGCGACCCAAGGUUCUGGGACAACCCGGACGCUUUCGACCCGGAGAGGUUCAACCCGGAGAACACUGAGCGGCGGCAUCAGAACGCGUACAUUCCGUUCAGUUUGGGACCAAUGAAUUGUUUGGGCAGGUCCUUCGCCACUAAACUAGUGAAGACGAUAUGCGGAAGGAUAUUGAGAGAGUUCGAGGUGACGUCACAGAGCUCGUACGAAGACCUGCGCUUGGCCAUAUACAUCUCAGUGGUGGCCAUUGGCGGAUUCCCCGUAAUAUUGAAGAAACGAAAUAGUACUAAGUAGUUUAUUUUAAUUAUAAGCAUUAAGGCACAAAUAUACUAUAAUUGUGUGUGAUGGAUAGCGUUCUCAUUCUAACCGUACUAAAUGUAUGAAA